AUGGUGUCCACAAAGUCUGCCAGUAGUUCUUUAGAAGCUGCGGUUAAGACGUCUGGUGAUCCAAAGCUUCUAGUUAAACUCUCCACUGCACUGGAUGGUCAAGACGCUCAUGCAAUUGACGUCAAAUACCACAAGAACUGCUGGGCAAAGAACGUCACAGGAGUUCUUCGCAAGUCGUCUAUCACAGAGGGUCAUGGAGAGGAAACCAGUGAGAUAGCAGCUAAGAUCGAGUUUUUAACAAUGACAGAAACUGCUCUAAAUAGUGGAGAGAUUAUGAAUAUGGCUCAACUACAGGACGCCUUUGAAUGUAUUUGUCGUGAAAACAAUGUGCAAUCGAAAUCUUGGAACCGAAAGUCAAUCAAGGAGCUUAUUCAAAGGGAGGUAGAAGGAGUAGAGUUCCACAAGCCAAAACGAGUAAAUGAGUCUGAAAGAAUCAGUGUAAAGAGGUGCAGAGAUAGUGCUAUUCAUUUAUCAGAGUCCUUCAACAAAACCACUGCAUGCGAAAUGAAAACCCUCUAUGAUGCUGCGUUAAUACUGAGAAAGGCAAUUAAUAAGAGUGAAAGGUGGAUUUUCGCUGGCUCUCUUGAUACUUUAUCAAAUAAACAUUGUCCUGAGGAACUCCACUGUUUCUUCAGAUGGAUUAUUCAAGGCCCAAACAACACGCUCUCUGAUGAAGAGAAAUGCAACGAAGUGCGUAAACGUGCUAUGCAUCUAGCCCAGAGUACAAUAUCUAUGUGUUUGACUGAACGGCAAUUAAAAAACAGGAAGUCCCAAGCAAUCAACACUACUCGUGAAAUGCCUCAGCAGCUUGCAGUUAGUCUUGCUAUCCAUCAGGCAAUCAGAAGCAAGGAAAUUGUCAACCUCCUGCAUGGCUUCGGAAUGGCCGUCGAAUACAAUCGUCUAUUACGAGUAGAGUCUCAAAUCGAGAAAACUGUCCUUCAACGGAUGGAAAAGGAAGGCGGAAUGUACCUCCCAACUGAUAUUGUGAAAGGAAGGCAUGUCUUCUUCGCAAUUGAUAAUGUCGAUUUCGCUGAGGACACUCCUGACGGGAAACGUACUCUGCACGGAACAGCUAUGGCAAUAUACCAAGCUACUGACCUAGAUGACGAGCAGCCAGUAUUAAGGUAAAUUAAGUACUAUUUUUGCGUAAUAGUGGCGAAUUCAAGUAAAGAUAUAUUUGCUACAACAUGAAAAUAACUCCUUCAUUUUCUCUUUUAGGUUAGAAGAAUCAACUAAUUGCUCCCCUUUUGUAAGAGAAUUGCCCGAUUCUUUUUACAGCACUUCAGGAAUGUCCAGCGCCUUCUCCGAAACCAAUUGUUCCUUUGCAUCCUAGAUUUGGUCUUAUGGAAGAGCACGAGAUACCUAUAAUCGUCAGUCGCGAUGAAUUUGCCUGGCUUUUCUCACGUACCUUUAAUGCAGGCCGAAUCGAAAAUGACGAAGACCAAGCUCGUGUUCCUGUGUGGUCUGGUUAUAAUUCAUUAGUAAACAAAGCACUGUCUGUUACACGCGUUGGUGCACCCCCUUUGGUGGCACAUCCUCCGCAUGAAUGGAACACUUUAUUGACGGUUCUUAUGCAGGCUCAAAAUAUCUCUACCAUAGUUGUUGGCUCUGAAAGGAAGACUGUUAUAUCUCUUGACAUGGGACUUUAUCUUCCCGCUAAAAAGCUCCAGAUGGCUCGAAAUGACUUAAACCACCUCAUUCUCCGUCCCGGUGAGUUGCACAUUGUCAUGGCCAUGCUAAGGACAAUCGGUGCGUACAUUGAAAGUAGUGGGAUCGAUAUGUGUUGGAUCGAAUCAGAACUGUACGGCCCCUCCACUGUUAAGCAGAUUCUCGAUGGUAAUCAUGUUAAAAGAGGUGAAAAAGCACACAUGAUCACCUUACAGGCAUUGUUUGCAUUGCACUUAGAUGAGUUUCUUAAAACUCUGCCAGAACUGCGCCAGUGUCUUGAGAAUUUAUCAAGAGAAGUUAUUGAAGCAUUCAAAGAGGGCGACAAAGAGAAAAUAGAGAGAGCCCACCAGUGUUUUGUCGACGGCAUCAGUUCCUCGAAAGUCAUUGAAAAGAUGUUAGAGUUCGACGCUGCAAACAACAGAAGUCCUUUGUUUGUAGUGAUGCGACACUAUAUGUGUAUGAUAAUGGAAAUGUUUGCCUUUAUCAGAUCAGUUCGAAGCGGUAACUGGAAAUUGCAUCUGAUCACACUGGAACAGUUCACAAAGUACUUCUUUGCCCACGACAGGCUCAAUUAUUCUCGCAUGAUUUCACUAUAUCUUGCUGAGAUGGCUUCCUGAAGCAUCAGAUCCCUCAAUACACCAAGAGUUCAUGAACGGAAACUGGGUUGUCAACAAGAAUAAUAGAGUUUCUUUCUGUGCAGUUGGAGCAGACAACGCCUUGGAGCACCUAAACCGUUCCAUGAAGGUGUCUGGAGGACUGGUUGGUAUUACGCAGAACGAAAGCGCCCGAGCAAAGUUUUUCCUAAUUGCCCCAGAGUUAGCAAGGCUAUCUUCAGAGCCAAAAUCCAUGGCUGGCGUGUCUUUGCACACUCCGGAACAACAUCAUACCCUUUCCGCUGCCAUUGUAGCAAGAGAGGAUAAAGGUGUACAGCAGUUAAUAGCAGCAAUUAAGAGCUUUACAAACCCUUUUUCGGUAAGCAAGGAUUCAGCUUCUGACCCCAUGACCUGUAUAAUCUGGUAA